GUGACUCGGAGGGAAGCGGGACCGCGUCGCCGAGGGGAGGAGCCAAUAGAGGCCAGCGUCCAAUUAGGGAUGGAGGCAUGGAGGGAUUGGGCGGGGCUGACCGAGAGAUUCGCCGAAUGUCCACUUGAGGGGCGGAGCCAGGGGGAGAGCUGACGGAGGGGAGGAGUUAGCGCGCGUGCGUGAAGUCCAGCCGCCAAGUGUGUCCGAGGGUACAGAGUGGGUUAGUGUGCGGGGACUGAAGCUCCGGAAAUAAAGUGUAUCCUACUUGUGAAAGUCAUCGCGGGAAGCUGUGUAGUUGUGCUUCGGAUUGCGUGUGGCCCAAUUUUAUAUAAGGCCACGAAGUCCCUGACAUACUGAGUUCCAGUGGGGUGCCCAACACUGUGCCUGCCCCUGUUUUAGUUCACCAGCGCCCCUGUCUGUCCCAGAGUUCGAGUGCGUCUGUGGCUUGUGGCGGCGCGGGGUGGAGAGACAGGCAGGGGGUCUGUUUUGUAUUCUGUGUGGCCGUCGUGGGCAAGAAUUCUGCCUGUGACUCAGUUGUGUGUGUUUGCCUUGCCAGCGCCUCGCUGAACAAACAGGGGUUGGGUUGGGCAAUGCGGAGCGUUUACAAUGGAGCGUGGGCGGGUGCUAAAGUGCGUGCUAAGAGUAAGGGGACCCGCACAGUCCACCACCACCACCGGCCUGGCAGGGGGGGCUGCGGAUGGAAAGCCGGGAGAAGGAGGCGGCCAUUCAUGGCCGGGGGCGGGAAGGGGUGUAGUGGGGUCCGGAGACCGACUCCGGUAUAGCUGCUUCUCCGUCUGGCAGCUCUCGCCCACUACCUCUGCUCUAGAGAAAGGCUACCCCCGUCGUCCCGCCUCCCCCUUCCCUCGCCGUUUGGCAGGGAGUUAGUUGGUGGAAGGGAGGCCGGGCCGGAGACGUGCAGAUGUCCAAGGCCUGUCUCUCGCCCACCUGCUGCUGCUGGCGGAAAGGGACAAUCAUCUCGCACUCCCUGCGCCCUGGACGCGGGCAUCCCUCCGUCUCUCCCGGGGACCUCCAUUUCAGGUCUCCAAACUCGCUCUCUGGUUCCCUGGCUGGGGGGAGAAGCCAGGGGAGAGUAGGCGGCGAUCCGCCUCGGAACCCAGCUUCUUGGCGAACAAGAAAUCCGCUAACUUCGCGGCUUACUGUGGCAAGCACAGAGCAAAGCGUUCGCCGGCUCGCCUUCCGCCGCCUGGUCGCCUUUUGUGCUUCGGGGCGGCCGGACUGGCCCACCGGGGCCCGCCUUGUGUCGGAACUGCCACUCCACCCCGACUUAGCAGGGAAGGAAAGUUGGAAGAGAUCGGCGCGCCUGGGAUGUGAUUGUCAUCCUGGGGCCGGCGCUCGAGAGUCUGAGAAAGAGAGAGAGAGAGGGAGAGAGACCCGCGAGAGGAGGGGGGAGAAAAAGAGGAGGGGGGAGAGGAGGGCCGCGGUGGAGAGGCGGGCGCGAGGGAGGGGCGAGGGGAGCGCCAGCGAGCGGGAGAGGGAGCCGGGGAGGAAGAGGGAGAGGGCGAGGCGCGCCUGGCGGCCGGGUUGGCUGCGGCCGCCCAGAGGUUCCUGCCAGUCCUCCCACCGACUACACCCCGGGAAGGAGGAGCUUCAGGCGCGCACAAGGCGUCAGAAUCCUCAAUUUCCAACUUAGCAUCUUGGCAGGACCUUUGCGAAGCCAAAAGCAGAGCCCCCCAGUGCAAAGAGCGAGGGGGAAAAAGAGAAAGCAGCAAGGGAGGGCGGGGGGGAAACCCAGCCGGGGCGAGCGAGGCGCGCAGAGGAGCGGGCUCGGCAGUCGCAGCCGGAGGCGCGCGGGAAGCCAGCGAGGAGGCGCCGCGGGCCGGAGCCCGGGAGCCGGGGCCCGAGAAGCGACAGCCGGGGGCAGCCGGAGGCCAGGUGCCCGCCCGCUCGCCCUCGCAGGGCGCCGCCCGGCUCGUUGGCGGCCGCGGCGCGGCGCGCCCCAUGCCCGUGUGUGGCCAUGUCCUACCCGCAGGGCUACUUGUACCAGCCGUCCGCCUCGCUGGCGCUCUACUCGUGCCCGGCGUACAGCACCAGCGUCAUCUCGGGGCCCCGCACGGAUGAGCUCGGCCGCUCGUCGUCGGGCUCCGCGUUCUCGCCCUACGCCGGCUCCACCGCCUUCACGGCGCCCUCGCCGGGCUACAACUCGCACCUCCAGUACGGUGCCGACCCCGCGGCAGCCGCCGCCGCCGCCUUCUCUUCGUACGUGGGCUCUCCCUACGAUCACACACCGGGCAUGGCAGGCUCCUUGGGGUACCACCCAUACGCGGCGCCGCUGGGCUCCUACCCGUAUGGGGACCCCGCGUACCGGAAGAACGCCACGCGAGACGCCACCGCCACGCUCAAGGCCUGGCUGAACGAGCACCGCAAGAACCCCUACCCCACCAAGGGCGAGAAGAUCAUGCUGGCCAUCAUCACCAAGAUGACCCUCACCCAGGUGUCCACCUGGUUCGCCAACGCGCGCCGGCGCCUCAAGAAGGAGAACAAGAUGACGUGGACGCCGCGGAACCGCAGCGAGGACGAGGAGGAGGAGGAGAACAUUGAUCUGGAGAAGAACGACGAGGAUGAGCCCCAGAAGCCGGAGGACAAGGGAGACUCCGAGGGCCCCGAAGCAGGAGGAGCGGAGCAGAAGGCGGCUUCGGGCUGCGAGCGGCUGCAGGGGCCGCCCACCCCCGCCGGCAAGGAGACUGAGGGCAGCCUCAGCGACUCGGAUUUUAAGGAGCCGCCAUCCGAGGGCCGUCUCGACGCCCUGCCUGGGCCCCCCCGCGCCGGCGGGCCCUCCCCGGCCGGGCCAGCGGCAGCGCGGCUGGCGGAGGACCCGGCCCCUCACUACCCCUCGGGCGCGCCGGCUCCGGGCCCGCACCCGGCCGCGGGAGAGCUGCCCCCCGGUCCCGGCGGGCCCUCGGUCAUACACUCUCCGCCACCGCCGCCGCCGCAGGCGGUGCUCGCCAAGCCCAAACUGUGGUCUCUGGCAGAGAUCGCCACAUCCUCGGACAAGGUCAAGGACGGGGGCGGCGGAAGCGAAGGCUCCCCAUGCCCACCGUGCCCCGGGCCGGUAGCGGGGCAAGCCUUAGGAGGCAGCCGCGCGUCGCCGGCCCCGGCGCCAUCGCGUUCCCCCUCGGCGCAGUGUCCCUUUCCAGGCGGGACGGUGCUGUCCCGGCCUCUCUACUACACGGCGCCCUUCUAUCCCGGCUACACGAACUAUGGCUCCUUCGGACACCUUCACGGCCACCCAGGGCCAGGGCCAGGCCCCACAACCGGUCCGGGCUCGCAUUUCAAUGGAUUAAACCAGACCGUGUUGAACCGAGCGGACGCUUUGGCUAAAGACCCGAAAAUGUUGCGGAGCCAGUCCCAGCUAGAUCUGUGCAAAGACUCUCCCUAUGAAUUGAAGAAAGAUGGCGGAGGCUCCAUCAGCCUGGGUCCCAGACUGAGGACAAUGUGGAGCAGAGAGCCCUGCUGACCCUCGAUGGAUCUGUACCCUUGUUGCGGAUGAACACAACCACCUUGGGAACCAAGAACCUUGGGAACCAAGAACCUUGGAAACCAAGAACCUUGGAAAAUAAAAGCACCUCAAGACAAGGAAUCUGCGGAUUCCUGAGUCAUCUUUUGGAGGAAAAGCCACCUUCGACCAGGAGCAUCCAUUUUGGACGUGACGUCAGGAAUAAAUAAACUUCCAUUGUAUCU